UGCCACGACCGCGGGUACCUGGUGACCCAGGACGAGCUGGAUCAGACCCUGGAGGAGUUCAAGGCGCAGUUCGGGGACAAACCCAGCGAGGGCCGCCCCCGUCGCACCGACCUGACCGUGCUGGUGGCUCACAACGAUGAUCCCACGGAUCAGAUGUUCGUGUUCUUCCCCGAGGAGCCCAAGGUGGGCAUCAAGACCAUCAAGAUGUACUGCCAGCGCAUGCAGGAGGAGAACAUCACCCGGGCGCUGAUCGUGGUGCAGCAGGGAAUGACCCCCUCGGCCAAGCAGUCCCUGGUUGACAUGGCUCCCAAGUACAUCCUGGAGCAGUUCCUGCAGCAGGAGCUUCUCAUCAACAUCACAGAGCAUGAGCUGGUGCCAGAGCAUGUGGUUAUGACAAAGGAGGAGGUGACAGAGCUGCUGGCCCGAUACAAGCUGAGGGAGAACCAGCUGCCCAGGAUCCAGGCUGGGGACCCUGUGGCUCGCUACUUCGGGAUAAAGCGUGGCCAGGUAGUGAAGAUCAUCAGGCCCAGCGAGACAGCGGGCAGGUACAUCACCUACAGACUGGUGCAGUGACACAGUGGGUGUGAGGAGCUGUGUGGCUCCCACCAGCAGUUCAUGGGCUCUUGGAGAUUCCUGCACUUCAGAGAUGGCCAAGGAAAUCCAAGGAAAUUCCCACACUGCCUCUCUGCAGCCCCAUCCCUGGGCCUCAUUCCUUGUCUUCCAGCUUGGACUUUGUGGUGACCCCUCAGUCCCACCCAGGACUCAGCCAUGGGAGAAAACAAGUGGGGAAAGCCUUUUGCUUCCCUGUUUCCUGGGCUCUUGUUUGAAAUAAAGCUUUGUACCCUCA